CGAGAAAAUGAUAUUUUAGGAAGGAAAGAAAACGCGACCAGGAACAAACACCGUCUGAACGGAGUCUGCGAAAUUUCCCAAUCUUUUCAAGGAGCUGCUUGCCCUAAUCACCCGCUCCCACUCCUCCUCCGGUGGUUUGCUACCGUCGCCGGCCUGAAAACCAACCACCGCCGCCACUCUCUUGCCGGCGGCACCACCUGUGCUCCCUGACACUCUCACUCGCCAGCAAGAAGACUAACAUAGCAGAACAAGACCAAGAAGAAACCCUUUCCUGCAUUCAUUCACUGCUCGUCGUUUCAAUCACUCAGCGAAUCGAACAGAGUGCUGGAGGUAGCAGCAGCAUCAGCAUCAGCUUUCUCUCCACUGAUGUCAUUGGUGCUUCCAAAUCAGGAAUUGGGACUUCGGAGCUUCAGUUGCAUGUUGUGUCACUCCCUAAAAUUGGCAGUUCAGUCAAGGACUGGACAUGCAAUUGAUAUGUUCUGAGCCAAAACUCACCAGCUAAUUUAUAAAAGAAAGAAAUUCCAACCGAGCAUCUAAGAAGGAUCCCAUAAAGGUGCUAUGGGGAUAUCAUUGUUAAAAGUGCUUGUUAAUAGCAUAUCCUCAUUUUUGCAUUUAUCAUUUUCUGGUAAUAUAAACUUAGAACCAGUCUCUAAGUAUUACCAGAAGGCAGAGGAUAUACUUAAGUUGUUGAAGCCGAUCAUUGAUGCGAUUGUUAAUUCUGAGUUCGCUUCUGAUGAAGUGCUAAGCAAGAUGUUUGAAGAACUUGCUCACACUGUUGAUGAAUUAAAGGAGUAUGUUGAUAAUUGGCACCUAUUGUCUAGCAAAGUUUAUUUUGUUAUGCAAGUUGAACCCUUAUUAUCUAGGACCUGCACUUCAGGGCUUAAUAUUUUACAGUGGCUGAAGGCUUCUCAGCUAUGUUCUCAUGGUGAAUUGAGUUCUGAACAUUUAGAGCACUGUGUUCAGAAAUUUAAGCUUUUGGGUCAUGAAGAAACCUCAUCAGUCAUUAAGGAAGCUAUUGCGGAACAACUGGACGGUGUGGGGCCCAGUUCGGAGAUCCUGGCACAAAUUGCUGAUAGCCUGGGCCUAAGGUCUAAUCAGGAGGUUCUGAUUGAGGCUGUGGCCCUAGAAAAGUUGAAGGAGAAUGCUGAACAAACUGAAAAGACUGCAGAAGCUGAAUACAUUGAUCAAAUGAUUGCUAUUGUAACACGUUUGCAUGAGCGUCUUGUUAUGCUCAAGCAAGACCAGAGUUGCAGCCCAGUUCCUGUACCUGCUGAUUUUUGUUGUCCUCUUUCUUUGGAAUUGAUGACUGAUCCGGUGAUUGUGGCCUCAGGGCAAACUUAUGAGCGGGCUUUUAUCAAGAACUGGAUUGCUCUUGGCCUUACUGUUUGUCCAAAGACACAUCAGACCCUGGCUCACACGAACCUAAUACCUAACUACACUGUAAAGGCACUAAUUGCAAACUGGUGCGAGUCAAACAAUGUGAAAUUGGUUGAUCCCACAAAGUCCACGAAUUUGAAUCAACCAUCUAUCCCUCAUGGGUAUAUGGAGUCUGGUACAACCAGAGAAUCUCCUGUUUUACCUCAUUCCAGGAACAACCAACCAUCCUCACCUGAGUCAGCUCGUUCUCGUUCUUUUAGUUCACCAGGUAAUAACUUGACUUCUUCUGGUGGAAUCCACAGAGAGGGAACAUCACCUGUGCAUCCCCGUUCAACUUCAGAAGGUUCCUUAAGUGGCAUGGUAAACGGUCUUGCAAGAAUAUCACUUGUAGGUUCAGAUGACAGGUCUGCUUGCUCAGAUGAAAGCAGCAUCGAUUCAGUCGUUCAAUCAUCAAUGUCACCAUCUAGAAUUGAAUCGGCCACUGCCUUUAGCUCUGAACAAUCUCAAACCCAUGUUAGAGCUGUAUCGGACUCCAGUGCUUUUUCUGGUGCAAAUUUUCCUCAAGAAACACAAGGUGAUGACAACAAUGCCUCUCAGCUGUCAACGAGUCCUGGCUACAGCAGAGAAACUUCCGGUGAAUUAAGUCCAGGGCCAGAUGCUUCUACUGUUGCUGCCAUGCCAUCAGUGCAUAGAGAACCUGAAUUUCCACCCCGAUUGAUGGAGACAAGGUCUCGAAGCCAAGCUAUUUGGAGGAGGCCAUCAGAAAGACUUGGGCCUAGGAUAAUAUCUUCUUCUGCCAUUGAAACAAGAGCUGAUCUUUCUGGAAUUGAAGCCCAGGUUCGGGGUUUAGUUGAGGGCUUGAGGAGCUCUGAUCUUGAUACUCAGAGAGAGGCAACAGUAGAAAUCCGCCUUCUUGCAAAGCACAAUAUGGAUAAUCGAAUUGCAAUUGCAAACUGUGGAGCCAUUAGCUUAUUAGUUGAGUUACUUAAAUCCACUGAUACAAGAAUCCAGGAAAACGCUGUUACUGCACUUCUCAACUUAUCAAUUAAUGACAACAACAAAGCUGCUAUUGCAAAUGCUGGAGCAAUUGAACCCCUGAUUCAUGUGCUUGAGACUGGGAGCCCAGAAGCCAAAGAAAAUUCUGCUGCUACUCUUUUCAGCUUGUCAGUGAUUGAGGAAAAUAAGAUUAACAUUGGGAGGUCUGGGGCAAUUGGACCACUAGUUGAUUUAUUAGGAAACGGAACCCCAAGGGGAAAGAAAGAUGCUGCCACUGCUUUGUUUAAUUUGUCAAUAUUUCAUGAAAACAAGAAUCGGAUUGUGCAAGCUGGUGCUGUGAGGCACCUUGUGGAGCUAAUGGAGCCGGCAGCUGGAAUGGUUGACAAGGCAGUGGCUGUUUUAGCAAAUCUUGCCACAAUUCCGGAAGGAAGAAAUGCAAUUGGGCAGGAAGGUGGGAUACCCGUUCUUGUCGAGGUUGUCGAGUUGGGUUCAGCAAGAGGAAAGGAGAAUGCAGCCGCAGCUCUUCUACAUCUUUGCUUACACAGUAACCGAUUUUUAAGCACGGUGCUCCAACAAGGAGCUGUUCCACCAUUAGUAGCCUUAUCACAGUCAGGCACCCCAAGGGCCAAAGAGAAGGCCCAGGCUCUCCUUAAUCAAUUUAGAAGCCAAAGACACGGGAAUUCUGGAAGGGGCUGAGUUUGAAUUCCCUGCCGCUUUUGCUAUCCAAAGGUUUUGAGUUAAUUAACUCUAUAGAACGUCUCUAAUUUAUACAUUACAUGGUGCAAAUAAUGUGUGUAAAGGUAUUUUAUUGUUUUCACCUGAUUGUAAAGUGAUAAAAUACAUUUAUGGAGGAAUGAUUGUGUCCUCUUGUGAAAAACCUUUCUGUGAUGUAAGAAAAGGUGUACAUGUAAGUCUAGCUUUUGUUUUAACCAAUUUUAUUUUUUUGGUUUUGUUGCUGUGCUUGGGCAUAUGGUUGUGAACAAAUAAAAUUAUUUGUUUUAUUUGUUAUUUGGUCUA